AUGGUGAAAGCAAUGAAGAUGAAAAAGACGCCAGCAGCAAGGAAGAACCCAAAGUACAUUAGAGACUUUCCUGAAGGAACAUUGCUUGUGGCAGAGUUGAAGCUCCCAGAAUGGGAACCUCUACUGGCGCAGUUUAUUGUAAUUACUUUCCUGAAUGACUGUUUGGCGAUAAGGGACACUUACAUGCUGAAGGUGGAUGUAACUUUGUCGUUGGCGGUCCUUACAGCAGCUUCGAGAUCGAAGGCGGAGGGAUCUCCGUCGUCGGCGUGGGAAGAGGCGGCAUAUGCGUUCCAGUCGGCGAGCAGAGACGUCGGCUUCGCGUCGAGAUCGCUGCUGGGGCCGCCGGAGAACCAAGCCUGCGCCGUUUUAUGCAUAUCCGAUCGUACAGUUUCGAUAGCCGCUGUGGGAUACAGAGGGCGGGACUGA